GAGUCAAUGCAAUUUUCAUCUUUCCUCAGGGUCAGUUCCCCGUUGCUCUUAUGAAUUGCAUAUUCUCAUUUCGAACUGUGCCUCCCUGCGCAGUCCAGAAGCUCCCUGUGAUUUCAAAUUCGAAAGGUUGGGGGGUUUUAAAGGCGAAGUUGACAUUUAGCUGAACCUUGAAGUCUCGGACUUUGAGAUCGGAGCUAGCACAACUUUUCGCAGUAAGUUUUUGAAGGUUUUCGCAGAAAUGAAUAUCAUGGCGAAGGUGGUGACUGUGCUGGUGUUUCUGCAAGCCAUGGUUAGCCAACUGAGGGCUGUCGAUGCGCAAGGAAGUUGGCAAAUAAUUCAACCCAAUGCAGGGAUAUCGUGUAUGCACGCUGCCGUGACGCACUUUGAUACAAUCAUCAUGCUCGACCGGACCAACACGGGGCCGACUCAGAUUAAGCUGCCAGGGGGGCAGUGCCGCAAACAGCGGCUGGAGCGCGUUCUGAAGAGGGACUGCUGGGCGCAUUCCGUAAUGAUGGACCCAGUCAACGGGGCGGUGCGACCUCUGUUUGUGUUCACGGAUACUUGGUGCUCAUCGGGGCAGUUCUUCGACAAUGGAGUGAUGGUGCAGACGGGAGGAGAUUUUGAGGGCUUCAGAAAAAUCAGAACCCUGGCGCCCUGUGCAGCAGACGGGAACUGUGACUGGGUGGAGCUCGAGGAGCUGCUCGCGAAAGGCCGUUGGUACUCCUCCAACCAGCUUCUGCAAUCUGGAAUCCGCCAAAUCAUCGUUGGAGGAAGGAACGAGCCGACGUAUGAGUUCUACCCGAAGAGGUUCGCUGGCGAGGGUGCAUUUCCUCUGGCAGUGCUGAACGGGUGCUGCGACAAUUUGUAUCCUUUCGUGUAUCUGCUACCCAACGGAGACCUCUGGAUUUUCGCUAACCAGGACUCGGUUACUCUCAACUGGAACACGGGGAAGGUGAUCCGGACCUACCCCAAGAUUCCCGGAAAUCCUCGUAACUACCCCUCUGCUGGAUCCGCUGCCAUGCUCCCCUUGUCAUACACAACCGGAUUCGGCACCGCCGAAAUUUUAGUCUGCGGAGGAGCUGCAACUGGGGCCUCCCAAUCUAGCGACGUCAGUGCUCCUGCAUCCAAGAACUGUGGGAGGAUCGUUGCCACCGAUGGUAAUGCUUUCUGGGCCAUGGAGGACAUGCCCUUCCAGAGAAUCAUGGGUGACAUGCUGAACAUGCCUAACGGAGAGGUGAUCAUUAUUAACGGUGCUGCCAACGGAUUCCAAGGGUGGGGUAUGGCCGGAAACCCUGUGUUGAACCCUGUGAUGUACAACCCCGGUGCAGGAGAUGGAAACCGAUUCACAGUGUUGGCCGAGACUGUCAUUCCCAGGAUGUACCACUCCACUGCGAGCUUGCUCUCCGAUGGAAGAGUCGUGGUUGCUGGAAGCAACACCCACCAAUUUUACACCCUCACUGGAGAUUUCCCCACCGAAUUCCGCGUUGAAGCUUACUCCCCACCCUACUUGGGCGCCAACUUUAAUGCGGUUAGACCUGCGAUCACUGGAGCCCCUGCCGAUCUGAAAUACAACCAAGUCUUCACUGUGACAUUCAACGUGGCCACCCGCGUCGGCGGUGUGACAUUUUAUCAGAACAGCGCGCCCUUCUCGACGCACUCGUUCUCUCAAGGCCAGAGGUCACUGAAUCUGGAAACGACCGAGCCUGUGCAGGUCGGAGCAGACUGGAGCAUGGAAGUCACCGCAGUUCCCAACAAUAACAUCGCUCCACCUGCGUACUACAUGAUCUUUGUAGUCCAGAACGGCAUUCCUUCCAGGGGUAAAUGGAUCAAGCAGAACAACUAGAAGAAUACUCCUCUUCUCUCUCUUGUGAAUCCGCAGCAGUUGAAUCUUGUGGACUUUUCGUCAUUUUCGUCCUACCCCAGCACUUGACUUUGUUCUGUCGAUCGACCGUGAACAACAGCCGCACAUAUUAAGUUCAAGCAAGCAUUAGAUCAUCGGGUACACGUUGCAUGUGACUGGAAGCUCUUGGUUGGUCAGGCUUCCACGUUCACGAAUUGUAAGUUAGUCUGUGCAACCGUUCAUGGGUAUUAUUAUCCUGAAAUAAUCAGCAGUGGACAUGUUGAAUCAUUUGAAGCUUUCGGCGACAAAAUUCAUUUAGUUGGGUCCGCAAUGACCAUAAAUUAGCAGAGGAUGGCAAGUAGCACAGAAAAGGUUUGAAUCCCAGCUUUGAAACCCCUCAUGAUGGAAAUUAGCAGAAGUAAAACCUCCUGCUAUUUUAUUAUAAAAACAAAAAAACUCAUUGCGUUUUAUUUGUUUAAAA